UUUUUAGACAUCGAGAAUACGACAGAUAGACUAGGCCUAUCCACUAAGGCUGAACUAUCUAUAAACCGAUCUACUCGUAGUUUAAGAGACAGCUCCAGGCUGUUUCAUAAUAGUUGGUAGCGCCGCUUAGUUACGACCAUGGGAGAAACUACAAUGAGCGCAGAGACAAAUAAAGACACGUCGACCUUGACCUUCAACCCGACAAUGUACUUCAGCGACGCAGAACAAGACCGGGCCGCUCAAGAAUAUUUGAGUAACAUGAACCGCCUUCUCGAAACAAAAAAUCUGUCCAUUACAGAUGAGAAAAACAGAGUCAGCUUCUGCAUGGNUCACUUACGGGGUUGGCGAAGGAGAAGGCCGACUUGGACU